UUACGAAACGUAUAAAAAGUGUUGCUGAUAAUGCAAUAAAACUAUGAAUUUUAAUCAUCAUUUUUGUUUUAAAUUAAAAACAGUCAGCAUUUUUUAAAAUUUUAUAAGCAGCAAAUAAGUUUAAGCCACGUAUACUGUAAUGGUUAUUAGGGAUUUUGAAAUUGUAAAUGCCUUCAAAUAUUUGUAUUUCAGAUAUCAUUACUUCAUAUUUGGCCUUUUGAACAUUUGCCUGAUAAUAUGUUAGUUUUAUCUGUUCGGUGAAAUCGUGAAGGAGUUGUUUUAGUAGCUUCAUAUCUAUAUCUCAGGGAAUCAAUGUUGUCAUCUUCUAAAUAUUAACUAAAAUGUCUGAUUUUAUGUAUUAUUUGUUACUGAUAUUUUGGACGGCAAUAUUUGGUUUGCUAAUCCUUGCUUCUUUUAAUUGGACGCUAGGGAUAAGACGAAAAUAUGUGGAAAUACUUUUAAAAAUUUUUGAGUUUGGAAGAAUCAAAAUUGAAAAAGCUGAAAGACGUUUAAAACUAAAAGAAGCUGAAGAUGCAGUUAUUGAUAAUCUUCAUUCAGUUAUUGAUAAGAAGGUUCAUGUGGGUCCUUUACCAUCCCAACUGGAAGUACCAAGUAUUCCUAGAAACAGAUCAUAUAACAGUUUAAAAAGAGAAUUUCACUUAUGGGAUGCUGCAGAUUUCAUUAAAAAUGGAAUUGAAGCCAUCAUUGAAGAUGAAGUUACAAAACGAUUUGCUGCUGAAGAAUUACCCUCUUGGAAUUUGCUGACAAGGACUAAUAAAAACCACGGCUUUAUUAGUGUUAGACUUUCUAUUUUAUGGGGCAUUGGAUGGAUUUUGAGAUAUUGGAUCUUCCUUCCUAUUAGAUUAUUUAUCACUUGUAUUGGAGUCGGCUGGCUUAUAAUAUGUACCAGCAUCAUAGGUUUACUUCCUGAAGGAAGGCUUAAGAAAUGGACAUAUUGGCAAGUGAGUUUAAUGUGCUUCAGAAUUUUAGCUAGAUCGUUUUCUGCCAUUGUUACCUACCAUAAUAAAGAGAAUAAAGCUAAAGGUGGUGGAAUUUGUGUUGCUAACCAUACAUCGCCAAUUGAUGUUGUCAUUCUUGCCUGUGACAAUUGCUAUGCGUUGGUUGGCCAAACACAUGGUGGCUUUCUUGGGGUGCUACAAAGAGCAUUAGCUCGGGCUACAUCCCAUGUAUGGUUUGAACGAUUUGAAAUGAAGGAUAGGAGUUUAGUUACGAGAAGAUUAAAAGAACAUUGUCAUGAUCCUUCAAAAUUACCCAUUUUAAUAUUUCCUGAAGGGACAUGCAUUAACAACACUUCAGUAAUGAUGUUUAAGAAAGGGAGCUUUGAAGUUGGUGGCACUAUAUAUCCUGCUGCAAUUAAGUACGACCCUCGAUUUGGAGAUCCGUUUUGGAAUAGUAGCAAGCAAGGCUAUGGGCAUUAUUUACUGAUGAUGAUGUCCUCUUGGGCGAUAGUAUGCGAUGUAUGGUACUUGCCACCAAUGGAACGGCAGGAGGGAGAGAGCUCAAUCGACUUUGCAAAAAGAGUUAAAGCAGCAAUUUCGAAACAAGGUGGCUUGGUUGACCUUGAAUGGGAUGGGCAGUUGAAGAGAAUGCAGGUGAAAAAGGAAUGGAAAGAGCUUCAGCAACAGGAAUAUAGUAGGAAGAUAUUGGGAGAUACUGAGAGUUCUUCCCACACUGAUUGAAUUUUAUCUCAUUUUGCGCUCAUGCAUGUAUAUUUAGCAACUACUUAGACAUGAUGGAUGAUUUUGUGUACUUAUUGAGAAAUAUUUGAGUACUUGCAAUUUAACAGUACAAAUGCUCUUUUAUAUGCCAAAACUUUAUCAAUCGAUAAAAUGUAUAUUUUAAAAAUUCCAAUAUUAUGUGAAUAAAUGAAUGAAUAAAUUAUUUUAUUGAAA